AUCCUACGACAGAAGGAACAAGAUCGUUCUCGUGCUGCGCAACACCUGCAACGUGAGUUGGAGGAGAUUGAGGUGCGAAAAUCAGAAGUGGAAGCGGUUGCUGGUGAUCUGGAAAAACGGCUGCGUAUUGAUGCCGAGAAUGUAUGGAUUCUGGAGCAAUGGUUGCUCUAUGUAGAGGAGAUGAAUCAGUUGAAGCAGCGUGAAAAUGAGCUAAAACUUCAAGUACGUGAAUUUGAAGUGAACGAAGAGUACCGAAAUCUUCAACAAAAACUCAAGGAAAUUCAGUGUGCCGAUGCUAAUACCGAUGCAACGAACAGCGAGUCUGAAAAAUCAAUUUUGACGAGAACAUUGGCAGUCGUCGAAGAACGUGAUGCGUUGCAGCAACAGUUAAAGGAGAUCAAAGAAAGGGCACGAGAACACGCAACGACUGAGCCAGCAACAUUGAUACGAUUGAAGGGAGCUUCCUACCACAAUUUUGAGCCAGUUUUCAUAUAA